AUGUGGCGUGUCCUGGACCCUCUCUGUCCUGGACCCUCUCUGUCCUGGACCCUCUCUGUCCUUGGACCCUCUCUGUCCUGGACCCUCUCUUUCCUGGACCCUCUCUGUCCUGGACCCUCUCUGUCCUGGAUCCUCUCUGUCCCGGACCCUCUCUGUCCUGGACCCUCUCUGUCCUGGACCCUCUCUGUCCUGGACCCUCUCUGUCCUGGACCCUCUCUGUCCUUGGACCCUCUCUGUCCCUGGACCCUCUCUGUCCUGGACCCUCUCUGUCCUGGACCCUCUCUGUCCUGGACCAUCUCUGUCCUUGGACCCUAUCUGUCCUGGACCAUCUCUGUCCUUGGACCCUCUCUGUCCUGGACCAUCUCUGUCCUUGGACCCUCUCUGUCCUGGACCAUCUCUGUCCUGGACCCUCUCUGUCCUGGACCCUCUCUGUCCUGGACCCUCUCUGUCCCUGGACCCUCUCUGUCCCUGGACCCUCUCUGUCCUGGACCCUCUCUGUCCCUGGACCCUCUCUGUCCUGGACCAUCUCUGUUCUUGGACCCUCUCUGUCCUGGACCAUCUCUGUCCUGGACCCUCUCUGUCCUUGGACCUGAAUCUACAGAAAAAACUCCAAAACUCUAUCACAACUGA